AUGUCUAUCAAGACCGUGGCUGUUGCCGGAGGCACCGGGUCUCUGGGCGAUUUUAUUGUAAAGAGCCUUGUGUCGUCGGGAUUCGACGUGACAGUGCUCAUCAGGAACGCCUCGUCGUCACGAAAAAUCGAGUCCCUGCCCGUACAGGUCAAGAAGCGAACCGUUGACUAUACGUCGCAUGAGAUCCUCGUGUCUGCUCUCCAGGGAAUUGACGCUGUUGUAUCACUGCUAAACGGACCCGGCCUGGAUUUCCAGCCAGCCAUUGUCGAAGCUGCCAUCGAAACAGGCGUCUCGCGGUUUCUGCCGAGCGAAUUCGGUGCAAAUACCUUUAGUCCCAAAGCCGCGGAGAUUCCGAUCUUCAAGGGCAAAAUUGCUUUUCAAAAGUAUUUGAAAACAAAAGUGGAUCAAAAUCCCACCCUUUCAUACUCCUUAAUCAUUCACGGGCCGCUUUUCGACUUUUGUCUGGCUCAAGGGCUCCUCUGUGAUCUUAAGAAUCGCCAAAUGACUGUUUAUGACGGUGGUGAUAACAGAUUCUCAACGACCUGUAUCACUGACCUUGGAACGGUUGUCUCUGGUGUUUUGAAGCAUCCGGAAGAAACAAAAAAUCGAGCCAUCUUUGUUGAAGGGGCAAAUUUGUCUCAGAACGAACUCUUGCGUAUAGUUGAGAAAGUCACAGAGGGGAAAUGGAUCACGACAGAUGAAAAUCUAUCAGAUCUGAAUCAAGCCAUGCAUACCGAACUGAGGAAGGACAGUCCGAAUGCAAGUGUAUUUGUGCCAGGAUUCCUCAGGGUUGCUAUCUUUGGUGGAUCGGCGUACGGCUCGAAUCUCAGAGAGCAUACCCCCGGACUCGAUAAUGAUCUUGUGGGUCUAGAUGAAUACACCAAAAAUGAUCUAGAGGAAAGGGUAAGGAGCAUUGUUGCUUGA